CCAAAAAUGCAACACAGCUGCUACACAGCUGAAUGCACUUGUUGCGCGGCAAAUGACGUGUCUCGUUCACAAAUUCGGUCAUUGUGUAAUUUAUUAGCGACGUGGACGGAACGUUUUCCGAGGAACGUUUCGAAAAGAUUGCGUGCGAGGUGAACAUAGCGGCAUCUUGCACAAGAAUCGCUUCCAAGAUCACGAAGACAGGAUUUCGAGAAUACAGAUCAAAAUUGACGGAUUCUUCGAGCGCGAUGUCGGGCACUCAGACCACCAUCUCUUUUCCCAUACGAAAGAAAUGCAGUUUUUACGGUCGCAAAGAGGACAUCGCGAAGGAAGAUUUCACAAACGCGACAGCGAGAUACACGCCGUCCAAAUAUACUCCGACCGUGAAGAAGAUCGUCACUUUGACUAGCAGCGAGUCCGAGUCUGAUUCGGAUAUCGAGAACACGACGGAAAAGCAUAAUGGAAUAAUCGGUGACAGGCGAGCGGACAGCGCGGACAGUACACCGAGAUCGAGACGUCGCAAGUGUAACGAAUUAUAUGAAGAACACACUCCUUCUCCACCUAAACAGAGAAGGAACAAAUCGCAAGGAAGAAAUAAAUCUCCCCUGACUCCGUCUACUCUUCUGGAUAAAUUACAUCUAUCUGCUGCGAAUGAAAGCAAAUUAAAUCCUAAGCAAUUAUUUAAAUCCCAUCUCUCCAAGGAAGAAGACGAAUUAAAUUCUAAUUUAUUAUCUGGAUCCAAUAAGUAUCAGAAUGCGCGUAAAGCGUUGCAUAGUUGUGUGACAGAGGAGCUGCCUGGAAGGGAAGAGGAGUUAGCGAAACUACAGGAAUUUUUUCAGAAACAUCUAGAGAAAGGAACAUCAGGUUCCCUGUACGUUUCCGGGCCACCGGGCACUGGAAAAACUGCCAGCCUGUUCAAGAUCAUGCAGCAAUCAGACUUAAGAUCCAAACUUAAGAUAGUCUACAUCAAUUGCACCAGCAUGAAGUCUGCAGCUGCCAUCUAUGCGAAAAUAAUCCAGGAGCUGGCCAUAACUAGCGCAACAAAAUCGGGGAAGAACGGCAAGGCCGUUAUAGAGAGAUAUUUAACAUCGAAGAACAAGUCGCUACUCCUGGUGUUGGACGAGAUAGAUCAAUUGGAGAGCAAAAAACAGUCUGUGCUGUAUUCUAUAUUCGAAUGGCCAUCUAUACCGGAGUCCAAGCUGAUCCUCGUUGGAAUCGCUAAUGCUCUGGAUCUGACUGAUAGGAUACUACCCAGAUUGCAGGCCAGAUGUGAACUGAAGCCGAUGUUGGUACACUUUGCGCCAUACACUAAGCAACAGAUAUUUGAUAUAAUAUCCGCGAGACUGAAUCAUGCGAACGCGAACGGCGUAUUUACACCGUCCGCGAUACAGUUGCUCGCAGGCAAGGUAGCCGCGAUUUCCGGGGAUAUCAGGAGAGCUUUGGACAUCAGCAGAAGGGUGGUGGAAUUGGCAGAGUCUCAUCAAGUGGCACAAGUGUUACGUCCAACAAAUGACAAUGAUACAAACAUAGAGUCUCUGAAGCAAGAGACAGAGGUAACAGAGAAGCCAGUUGAUUUGAAAGAGGUAGUUACGAUUCUAAAUGGAGUUUAUGGUGGCACACAGAAUAUUGAUCAAGAACAGGAUACUUUUCCUCUUCAACAGAAAUUGUUACUUUGUUCUCUAUUACUUAUCUUGAAUAAGGGAAGAAACAAGCAUGUUACUGUUGGAAAGUUACAUGAGGUGUACAAAAAGGUUUGCAAAAAACGUAAUAUAUUCGCCGUCGACGAUUCUGAAUUUGUAAAUCUAUGCUCAUUGAUAGAGACUAGGGGUAUUUUAAGAGUUGUGGGCAAGAAGGAGGCACGUUUAUGCAAAGUAAACUUGCAGUGGGACCAAGAAGAAUUGGAUGCAGCUUUGCAGGACAAACAGAUGAUGGCCGACAUAAUUAACGAUACAAAUUGUUUGUAGAAUAAUUAGAGAAAUUCAUUAUUUUUUAAUCUCUAAUUUAUUUUAUAGCUCUUUUUAAAUUUUAUAUACAUAGUGUGGAAAGCGAGCAUCCCGAUUAUUAUCAGUCGAUUGUUACAUCACCAUUGCGUAUCAUUUUUCUAUGUAUAAUUGUUUUAAUAGUCAAAUUGUAUUGUUAGCACGUUAAAAUCUACUUUGUUACUAAACGUAAACGUCUCUAUCAUGUUGUAUCAUUCGACGAGGUAUAACGAGGUUUAUUGAAUGAUUGAUUGUACCAUGUGUGUAAUGUUGCGCGAGAUUGUAUAUUCCGUAUCGAUUCUUAAAAUUUCUGCGAAAUAGAUUGAGCAUGAUACACGAUAUUUUUGCAGAAAAUGUGAGAAUGUUUUAUGUACAAAUAUUUAUGUCGAAUAGAGUGUAUAAAGUGAAAUUUUUAUUC